ACAACGCGACGGGGGCGAUGAGCCAGUGAGAGCCAACAUGCCGUUCCCGCCGCAAGCGAUCGUUGUCGUCGUUCUCGCCCGUCCGGUACCGGUUUAAAGACGCGUCGGAACAAAGUUCUCCUUGUUGCGUGCAGUUCGUGGUUCGGUAUCGUGAAACAAAACCGAAAAUUGGUCGCGCGUACCACGUUGAAAUUCUUGCCGCCACUCGAAUCGUUUUGUGGUGACGUUUGUGAACACCUUGGCUGAACUUUCUUGCUUACUCUUGUGAAAGAAAGAAACUCGUUAACCCGUUUCCGGUCGAUUCGGAUUUUCCUAUACAUCCAUUCCGUUCCUCUUGUUUUUCGUCGGCGGCAUCGUGUUUCUUUGACAAUCUGUGCGUCUUUGCCUAUCGUUCCCGUUCCAUCCCGUCUCUCUACGUCGUUUCUCCGUGCCCCCCUCUUCCCGAUCAUCUUUCCGUCAUCGUCUUGCGAGUCGCGCGCGAGGCAGACGAGAUACGAUACGAACGGCCGCGCACGGAUUUAUAUAUUCCGUGUACCGCAGCUACGAGAGUUUAGCAACUACGUAAAUAUGGCGUGUGAACGGUGGUGCUUUAACCGUGGCUGUGACGGAGCUAUCCGAGGAUGGCCUUGCGUCCUGUUGCUGCUGGCAUUCUACGUGUUCCAACCGAGCAUCGCGGCCAACGAGUUCAAUGGGUACCAUUACUACGAGCUGGACGACUCGAAAGGUCAUUCGUCCGCCGAGUAUGGACCGAUCGAGUUCUCCUAUGUGUCGAACAAUCAGGAGCCAGUGCUGGACAGGGUGCGUCGGGCAGCGGACGACAAGUCACCCGUGAUGGCGCAACAAUCAUCCCUGGAGCAGAUGUUGCAACAACCAUUGCCGCCGUCCGAGCUGCCGUACCAGCAGUCGGAGCAGCCUGCGACCCAAUCCGAGUCACAGCAACAGCAGCAGAAACAACUUCAACAGCAGCAGCCGCAGCAGCAACAACAGCAGCAACUACAGCAGCAGCAACAGCAACAACAGUCGCAAGUAACUGCGAGUACGUCGAACGCGCCAGCGAACGUCUCGUAUUCGACGGACACCGGCGAGUCGUCGACGGUCUCGUCUGCCCCGACGACUUCCAAGGCUAAACAGGACGCGUCUACCAUCGUCUUCGUCCGGCCGUUCAGCUACCCCACUAAGCCGAAUAACAAGGGCGUGGAGGCAGUUACACCGAGUCUCAAGCCGGUUACUCCGGUGAAUUCGCGGCUCAGCAACGUGCCGAAUAAAAGCGUGCCGUCGACGGCUGAGACCAUGUCCGACACCACGGACGAGAAGGAGGAUUCCGACGGUAAUAUCGGUGACAUCUCGAUCGGGAAGUUCUCCGACUUCACCAACAAGACUCUGAGCCAGCAUAACAUCACGAAAAUGGUGAACGACACGCAUCAAUAUUACAACAGCACGUUCUUCUUCGACAAGGAGGUGGGGAAGAAGUACUGGGUGGACAUGGACAAUCAUCCGGAUCUGAAAGUUAACGUCUUGCUGAGCCAGAGCCAUCGUCGGGCCACGACGGUCAAGCUGAAAUUCGACUUCCCGUUCUACGGUCACAAAGUGCGCAACAUCACCAUCGCCACCGGUGGCUUCCUGUACACCGGCGAAUACGUUCACAGCUGGCUGGCCGCGACACAGUACAUUGCACCCCUGAUGGCGAAUUUCGAUACGCGUCUGUCGAAUGAUAGUUACGUUAAAUACGCUGACAACGGAACGGCGUUCACGGUCGAGUGGGAAAAGGUGAUCCUACAGGACAAACCAGAGGCCGGGGCAUUCACAUUCCAAGUGACCCUCCAUCAAAACGGCGACAUCGUUUUCGUUUACUCGGUGAUUCCUUUGAUGAUCGGAAUGAUCGAAGACACCUCGCAUCCUGUUAAAGUUGGACUCAGUGACGCUUACAUUAUGGAUAGAAUAGUGUUCUUUGUUCGCAGAAAGACAAUCUACGAGUACCAUCGCGUGAACUUCAACCGGCAGGACAUAAAGAGUUGGACGGUGAUCUACCUGAACGCUUUGCCCACCUGCUUGGAGAUGGACAACUGUAAAGACUGCUUGACGAAACUGAAAGACUUCAACUGCAAAUGGUGUUCCGCGCUGAACCAAUGCAGCACGGGAAUGUUCAGGUCACGACAGGAUUGGUUGUUGAAAGGUUGCGACGUCAGGAAGAUCAAGGAGGUCGAUAAUUGUCCAUUGCCGAUCACGUACAAGGAGGAACCCGUGGAAGAAUUCAAUCACGUUUUGCGCAUGCACCCGGAGGAGACCGUCACUGUCAGUGAGAUGAACGUGGAGCAAGGGAGACACGAGUCGAGUCCCUUAGAGCGUUCCCGGAAUAACAACAUGAACAUGGGAGUGUCUGGAAUAAUCGGAAUUCUAAUGGUGGUCGGUUUAGUCGUAGGCAUGGUGGGCUGGGCUGCAUACGCUUACCGUAACCCUCAUAGCGCGUCCGGGCAAAUAUUAAUUAGGUAUCGACCAAGCCAGUGGAGUUGGCGAAGAGGAGAAGCACGUUAUACGGCUGCAACGAUUCACAUGUGAUCGAACGAUGUACGUGAAGCACAGUCAGCAGUUAGUACAGAACUGUCGGACCAAAUUUCCUACUAAAUGUAAAACUGUACCGAGUUUUUACGUUCAAGACCGUUUGUCUAGAAUGACGCAGCCGUCGCACCUGUUGAUUGCCAUAUCAGAACGUGUACGAUCCACUUUAUUGACGUUAGAAGAACAAGUAUUUUUUAACUUGUCACAUUGUUCCCGAAUUAAUGGCAAUUAAUCUGCUAGCGGCGGAGUUACGAAAAUGAAAAGAAAAGCAAACUUUUUGAAACAAGUUUCAUCGUUUGAGCGAGCUCGACAACAAAAGACCAUUCAGAGACAAAAUUUUGCAGUUUUGUAAAGUAACAAUGCGCUAAACUUGUCCAUCCUGAUUAUUUUUUAUGAGUCUCUUAAGGGUAUCGCUUGUUCCGCCUAGGUAGAAAGCCAGCCUUGUCGGUUCUACCGUGUUCUUUCGACGUAAUAUUCUUUAUCUCGGUUGAUCGCAAUAAAGGAAGCAUUUAAUACAAAUUUAGCUUACAAUGAAUAUUCAGAAUACCGUCCUUAAGGUGGUGACUGCUGUUGAUAACGUAUCGACAAAUAUCCCUGAUAUCCCCGUUGCAUAAAAACUCACUGAUUGGUUACGUUAUUCGGACAAGAUAUAAAUUAUCGACAAAGGGUAACUGUGACUCUAACACGUUAACCUGAUGAAAUAAGUGUUAGCUGUCCGAGGCAAUGCAUCCUGGAAUAAAUUGUUAUGAAAACAAAGAAGAGAAUGGAAAAAUUAUCAAUGGUGAUACAGUCGAAUACAACAUACAGCUUUAUUCGUAAAUAUGUCAGAACAUUCGGAAAAACAAUGGUAGGAAAACUGCACUUAAGUGAGUGUAUAAAGCGUAUUAUUUCAAGAAAAAAAUUAAUCAGGUUGUACAGUUUACGACGGUUCGUCCUAUAAAAAUGCGUAGAAGUGAUCCUACAUUUUCUUUCGGAUAAACGUUGCCCGUGAAAUACCAAACUGAUCUCCGCAACACAUACUUUCUCGUAAGAUUUUCCUUAAGUCGUUGCAUCGUGACGUUUGAGAGUAACGACGAAACGUUUUCAGAGCGAAUGAUGAAAUGCAUAAGAAAAGAAAAAAGGAAAGAAAAAAUAGACGAAAGAACACCGGUAUUAUUUCGUUGACCCCUGUCGAAGUAAACCGUGUCUGUGUCGUCGAGGAAAUGGGCUAGGAGAUUCUCAGCCCAAAUAUCGAGCGUUUAUGUGAUUUUAGUAUCAUGUGGUAUACCUUGUUAUUGUUUAAGAAUUCUUUUUUUUAUCGUUAUAUAAACCGCAGUAAUUGUUUAUAUAUAUAAUAUAUAUAAACUCCGCGACAUGAGAGAGCAAUGUGUUAACGAAAUCAACAAACUAAGUUGAUGAGAAAUCAUCGAACGACCAAGUUCCGAUCUAGCCUGUUGAAACUACAGUUCGAUUAGUACGCAAAGCCAGAACAAUGGAAAACUUUCGGUUGAAUUGACGGAAAUCGUUAAGAAAUACAUUCUCAUGUAAUAAAUCUGUCAGAUUUUCAUUAUCAGUACAUUCCAAAAUGUGGAAUUCCAUUGAAUGUGGAAUAUCAGUUGCAAUAUAUUCGUGUGUCUAUGAACUGUAGUUUCAUUCUAUAUAUAGAUACAUACAUAUAUUAUAUUCUACAUGUAUAUAUGUGUGUGUGUGUAUAUAUAUAUAGUAUAUAUAGUAUAUAUUUUAUGAAAAUUUUUUCAAAACAUGAGCACCUUAAACUGUAACAUGCAUGAGAAGGCAACAAUGAAAAACUCAUAUGUAUCGAUAUUAUUAGGUCACCAGUGUAUAUAGUAGUGCCUUAAAGCAAUAUAAUUUUUAUGUAAUUGUAAGUGUAAUUAAUGUCUUGAAAAGGUGCCUUUGAUCGACUUUUUGAUCCAUUUAUUGGCGAUAGAAAUAUAUUGGAUAAAUAUUUUCUACUAAAUAUCUGGAAUUUCAAAUGUAUAAAAGUUCUAAAUUCUAAGCGAUAAGAAAGAUGAUUUUGUGUUUAUUGUAAACAGCGACGACUACAAAUUAGACGAUUUUUAGACUAAUAUGUAUUUGUGUGGCAGCUAAUUUUUAUAUUUGUAACGAUAUAGAAUCGAAUGAUUUUUCUAACAAUAUUCGAAAACAUCAUCUCCGUACCAUGAAAUUAUCUAGGGAGAAGGAAACAAUUAUAAACAUCACGGUUAAUUUUUCUUACAUAAUUGUGUACGAUUUAACUCAUAGUUUGUGAUAAUAAAUAUUACAAUUAUUACAGUA